GUUUAUUGUGGCCGUUUCUACAGCUGUGGCUGGCGUUUUACAGUGAGAGUUCGACCGUUCCCCGGAAUGACGUUCCGCGAUUGCUCAUGUAAACACAAAACACAGAUCCGAUUAGGCAGUGGUCUCAGCGAUGUGGUGUUUUAUUAACAUUGAAAUAAAUUAAGUUAAGAGGUUGUUUUUGAUUUUCCCUUUCACGUUUGUUUGGAAUUUAAUAAUAUUUUCCAUUGAAAAUUACAACAUACGUAAAAAACCUCAAGAAAUACGAAAAUAGCCCGAGUAGCGCCUCCCAAGACAACAACCACCGCCGUCAGUGAGUGUUUGUGGCCGAGAACACAGCCUAACCAAAACAAAGCGCCCAGCUCCAGGAACGUUCACCGUAUCGCUUGCCGUUCCGGGCUAGCAGUGCCUUCAUUUCUGUUCACCCGUUUUGGUUUAUUUGUUUCGGCCCCACUCUAAAAGCAGAAAAAAAAUCCAUCAUCCCCCACCAUAUCCGUGCGGCGUAUGAUUCUAGCUGGAAGUAAGCUAACACACUCGCACUACACACUAGUGGAAGCUAACAAGCGGUCAAACAAACCGAGAACCCGGUCCGCGGUAGCCGCCAUCCAGUCAGUCCAGAGUCACCCGGUACAUAAGAACCGCGCAAUCUCUAUCUGAAUCUCACAGUCAUCGGCACGUGCCCCGUCUGAAGAUGAUUACCGCCCGGGCACUUCAUUAUGUGCUUAAGAUUGGUAAUCGAGCCAGGAAUAUUUUGUUCUUCCGCGAUGUACUGGGCAUGAAGGUUCUACGUCACGAAGAAUUUACGCAAGGUUGCGAUGCCGCUUGCAACGGACCGUACGAUAACCGGUGGAGCAAAACGAUGAUCGGUUACGGGCCGGAAUCGUCCAACUUCGUGAUCGAGCUAACGUACAACUACGGUGUGCAGGAGUACGCGCUGGGAAAUGAUUUGGCCGGUCUAACGGUUGCGUCCCCCGGUGCCCUAGAGCGGGCCCGUGCCCACGACUUCCCGGUAGAGCAAUCGGCCGCUGGACAACCGUCCGUUUUACGCUCACCGGACGGGUAUCCGGUGUUUGUGGUGCCCGGUACCGAAUCGCAGGUGCAGCGUGUCGCUCUAAACGUAACGGAUCUGGCCAAAGCACGCUGCUACUGGGCGGACACGCUUGGUAUGGUACCGAUCGGUACCGUACCUAACCCGGAACAUCGGUUGGAUCUUUCGUACGAUCAGGGUAAGUUCGUGUUGGAGCUGCGUCAGUCUACCGUCGCGUUGGACCGUGCCAAGGCGUACGGUCGCAUAGCGUUCGCGGUACCGUACGACGUGCAGCCACGGAUUGAUGAGCUGAUCCAGAAGGCGGGUGGUACCAUCCUGACGCCGCUGAUUACGCUCGACACACCCGGCAAGGCGUCGGUACGCGUUAUCAUACUGGCCGAUCCGGACGGGCACGAAAUUUGCUUCGUCGAUGAGGAAGGUUUCUCCGCCCUGUCCGCCGUUGAUCCGGAGAGCAACGCGGCACUGGACAAGUACAUCGGUAAGGAUCCGUUUCAGAAGUAGAACCGGGUGACGGUGGUGUGACCCAUCACACACAUUCCCCAGCUAAAUGGCAACGUUAAUUCGCGUCGGAAAACUAAUGAAUUGUACAUGAAACGUUUGUUGAUAAAUAAACGACAGAUCAUUAAUCGGAUGAUAUUAGAUCGAAACGAUAAAAAAA